AUUGGAACAGAUAUCCUCAUCCAAAAAUUACUCUUAUAUAUUUCUGAAGGAAUGGCUGAGAUGCAUGAUUUGAUAGAACAACUGGGUGGCACGCAAUGUUGACCAGGACAAGCCAUGGAAUCAUAUAAAAACUGUUUUUUCUGCAAAUCAGAAGACAGAAUCAAUUAAAGGCAUAAUGGUACCAAUGGGCGCAGACCAACAUAUAUGCAAGUGGAGCAAAGCUUUCCGAAACAUGCCUUGUCUUAGGUUACUCAUUGUCAAAGGGGAGGAGGUCCGGCAUCAUGACCUUAUUUGUGACCCUAUUGACUGUCUCCCCAGUAACUUGAAAUGGCUUGAUUGGUCAUACUACAGUUUUGAAUCUUUACCAGCAUAUUAUGAACCAGGAAACCUUGUUGGGCUCCGCAUGCCUUUCAGUUCUCUUGUUGAAGUUGUCAAGGAACCGAAGGCAUUUCAUAAGUUGACAGUCCUCAAUUUAAGUUUUUCUAGAAAUUUAAUCCGAACGCCCAAUUUUUCGGAGAUCCCAAACCUGCAGAGGAUUAUACUGAAAAGUUGUGCAAGUUUGGCAGAAAUUCAUCCUUCCAUUGGCCAUCUCAGAAAGGUUACCUUUUUGAAUAUGGAAAACUGCAAAAGUCUCAAUUCUUUACCAAGCAGUAUUCAAAUGGAAUCUCUUGAAAUUUUCAAUCUCUCAGGUUGUGAGAAGUUAGAAAAAUUUCCAGAAAUUCAGGGAAAUAUGGAAUUGCUAUCAGAACUCCUUUUGGCACAUACUGCAAUAUGGGAACUUCCCUCAUCAGUUGGAAAGCUCAGUGGCAUCAGCUUGCUCGAUUUGCACUCAUGUAAAAACCUUGCAAGACUCCCAGCCAGUGUCUCUGAGAUGAGAAAGCUGAAAAUUUUGACUGUGAAAGGCUGCUCAAGACUUGCAAAGUUUCCUGAAAAUCUAGGUGAUCUAAACCAGAUGGAGGAGCUCUAUGCUGGUAACACUGCCAUUUGGAAACUACCAGAUUGUUAGAAACUUAAGCAAACUUAAAGUUCUAUCAUUAAGAAGAAGCCGGAAAGUAAAGCGUCAAACUGGUGACAGUUUGAUGUUACCCUCUUCCUGGGAGUUUCAUUGUUUGAGGAAAUUGAAAAGCUUAGAUCUCAGUGGAUGCAAUUUAUCUGAUAACCAAACUGCUGCUCUUAUGAACUUGCCUUCUUUGCUGGAAUUGAAUCUGAGAAGAAACAAGUUUAUUUCAUUACCUGAUAUCAUCAGUCGACUUUCUCAGCUUCGAUAUCUCAACAUAAAACAGUGUCAGGAACUUAAGGAACUUCCCAAACUUCCACCAAGUAUAGAGGAAUUAUAUGCAGAAGAUUUUUUGGCCAAGCAAAGUAUCGCAAAGCUACAAAUGUACCCGAGGUUGAAUUUGGUAUCAUUCACUAAUUAUAGUUUUGUUCAACAAUCUUAUACAAAGGAGAGCAAUGGUAGCUCAGUUUUGGAUGAGAUUCUUGGUUCGUUUCUUUCACACGACAUGGAUAAUGUGGUCCAGUCCUCUCUCAACUGCGAUUACAGGGUGACUUGUUCCAUCGUCUUUCCUGAAUGUGCAAUUCCCACCUGGUUUAAGCACCAGAGUGUUGGGGAAAAGAUGUUGCUCGAACUUCCUAUUAAUUGGUAUAAUGAUAAGUUCAAGGGCUUUGCUAUAUGCUGUGCUACUCACAUGGGAGCAGGUGUGUUGAAUCCUGAUUCAGGGCUAUCCAAGAAGUAUGAUUAUGCUUUCGUCAAAGCUAAAUUGAUAUGCAAAGAUGAUUUAGAAGUGCUAGAGAAAGAAUGUAAAGUGGGAACAGCAUCUAGAACAUACGGCUCGUGUGUUUGCUUUGUCUACAUACCAUUGUAUGCUUCGCUGCAGGUGUCCGGCACAGAUUUUGGAAAAAUUAACCAGUAUAGCCUAUUUGAGGCAUCUCUCCAUGGGCGCAUUGUGAGACAGUGGGGAGUUCAUUUGAUCUAUGAGGAUGAAAGAACACUUUUUGCAAAAAAAAUACGGAAGUCUUGAUCUCACACCACUUAAGCGGAAGAGAGGCUAAAUUAGCUCUAUAUGUUGGGAUAUAUCAAGGGGAUUACCAAGAAGACGAAUUUAAGGAUGGUCGGAGCAACAGUUGAUGAUUGCACAAGCAGUGCUGCAUCUAGACAGAUUUGAGACCAGGGGAAGAGAGCACUUCUCUGUUAGUCAUUGGUCUGACUAAUUUGGAUAGAGUUACCAAAAGGGGUAAAGCGUUUUCUCCAAAAGUUUCUCUUGUAUUCACAAGUCUCCGACCCAAGAUAUCUGGAAAGGCCUACCAUAUGAGGAUGUUUGAAAGAUGAUGAACUCUCCUCCUCUGUCACCAUUACCACCACCUCCUCCUCUAUCGUCACCACCAUCACUUGCGCGGACUCUUUCUCCAUCUUCUUCGCUUCACUUUCUAUCAAAAAGUUAAAAAGUGUUCUUUAAUCAGCUCCUUCAGACUACAUUUUAGUGUCUAUAACUUGUUGCAUCAUAUAUUCAAACAUAGAUUUCUCUAUAUUGUCUCAACACUAUCCACAAACAUCAUUAAGUGCUCAAUUGUCAAUUUUGAUGGGGGCAGUCAUUACUAAUUCCCUAGUGAAGAAAUAUGCAUAAUAAGGUAUUUGAUUCAACCAUCAAUAGUUUACUAGUGUUCACACACAUUUGACAGUCUUAUCACAUUUCUUUUUUAUAAAAAAAAUUAUACACAGUAUGGGCAAUUUUUGAGGCCUUAA